AAUUUAAUAUCUUUUAUUAAGAAUGCCUAUUUUGAGAAGAAAGGAUCAAUAGAAAGCCAAAAAUUUGAACUUGAAAUUCAUCAUUGACUGCGCCGAACCAAAGGAAGAUAAAGUUUUGAACUUGGAUGAAUUUGUGAGUUACCUUCAAUCCAGAAUCAAGGUUUAAGGAAAGACCGGAAAUCUUGGUAAUGAUGUCACUGUUUCUGCCGAAUAAGAGAAAGUUGUAGUCACAUCCACAAUCCCAUUCUCCAAGAGAUACCUCAGAUAUUUAACAAAGAAAUAUUUGAAAUAAGAAACCUUAAGAGAAUAUUUGUAUGUGCACUCACUUGACAAAUCCACAUACUAAUUGAAGUAUUUCAAUGUAGGCUAAGACGAGGAAGAAUAAAAAUGAUCAAUAUGACAUUUUGUUAGUACAUUAAUCAAAGAUCAAUUAUAUUAUUUUAUAUUGUGGUAA